AUGAUUGACGACGCUUCGGCGGGUGAAUCAAAAUGGUUUAGAACCACAAGCGUAGUCAAACAGACGCUAAAUCACUGUGAACGAUGCGAGCGGACCCAGCCAUCAGAAACGCCCGCGCCGAGUGCGCCCGCGCCCGCCUCACGCAGACGCUCGGCUCGCGGGAGCACUCUGAAUGCAACUGGCGUCUACAUACAUUUUGAUUUACACGCGCCCGCGCUAGCACCCGCGCCCGCCUCCACUCUGAAAGAGUACUUACGAUUUUUUUAA